ACUCGCGAUUCGCCAGGCAUGUCCGCGUUUCGCAGCCUUCCCACUCUAUCAAAGGCAAAUACAUCAUCGGUACAUCCGCCCCUGAUCACUAUCCCCCUCUCUUCGACAUGCCCCAAGAGACCGUCACGAGCCAGUCAGCCUCCUCAGCCUCCUUUGAAUCCUCCUCCAGCGCCAUUGGCGUAGAAGUCUGGAUCAUGGGGGACGAUACCAAGGCGGAAGAGAAGCUCGGUCAAGAUACGACGGUCCGCCUGCAAGGUCCAGAGGGAGAGGCUCCCUCCAAGACAAAGCCCGUGUCCGUCAACGCCAAGUCCACCCUCGGACGAGUGCACGUCGCCGUCCCGCGAUAUACAUCCUCGCGACCGCUGGCAGUACGAGCCAAAUCCACGAAUGGCGCCGUGCACGUACAGCUUCCCCCUCAAUUUUCCGGUCUUGUUUCCUGGCGCACGGAGCGUGGCGAGCUCAGGCUUUCUCCCAAGAUGAGGGAGCGCUACGUUUCGCUCGGCGAGUCGUAUAAGCAUCGCGGCGUGGGGAUGAUUGUGAGGAUGGGCCAAAAUCUGCCAUCGGGCCAGACAGUUGGGCAGGCUAAGGCUGUGGCCGAGAAGAAGGGGCUCAAGGCCAAGGGUGCGGGAGGAAAGAAGGGUUCCAGACCCACCACUCCUGACGCUGCGGCGGUGCCGGCUGGUGAGGAAAAGGAGCUCGGUCUGCCUGCGGCUGCCGCUGCUACCGCGGCGAGCGUUUCUGGCCAGGCGACGAGGGGUGAUGCUGUCGAGCUCAUCUCCACGUAUGGCAAUAUUCACAUCUACGAGGCUGGCGAGUCUCUGGCUCUCUCCCUUCAAGAGAACUGCGUCGUCCAGUAGGCUCCUCUUGACGACCGUUCUCCAAGUGACUCGACAUAGACGAUUUUCUCUUUCUUGUGUAUUAGAUCCGCGACGUGUGUACCAUCAUAGACUAUCAGAGG